CGGCAUUCUUGACGGCGUCCAUUCCAUAACUCCACACCACUUCACGGCCGUUCACAACGCAAGAUGCAGCCCCGCCGACGUCUUGAAGUUCCCCCAGUAAAAGCCGCUUGCUUAGCAUGCCGCGCUUCCAAGGCUCGCUGCAAUGGUGAGAAUCCCUGUAAUCGAUGCGGUGCAAAUGGGAAAGCCUGUCAAUAUCUCCCAAGCCGAAGAGGCCGCGUGGUCCGAGCACCAGUAACUCCACCAUCCACGGGCAAUUCCACUGGGUCGCCCGCCAGCAUAGAAGGCCUGAAUUGUGAUGUGCCAAAUAAGAGGCCGAAAGUAUCCAUUGACUAUCAAGGAGCCUUGCUUUCACACAGCCAAGGCGAUUCGAGAAAUGUCCGGGUUCAUGGAAGCAACCAGUCAAUUCUCGAUGCCUAUUAUCUGCUGAUACAUCCUGAUUUGCCAAUCUUGCCUCCUCCAACUACGACCCUAGAUCAGCUGCAGGCUCAAACAGCACAAGAGGGCGACUGCCUUAAUUCAGAGUCGCCAUUGCUCCAUGCUAUCGCCACACUCGUCGCUUUGGUACCAAAGAAUGCGGAAUAUGGCUACUCAUCAAUGGAUGCGCGGUCAGCACGCAAUGACUACGCUGAGCAAUGCUCCAGAUCGGCCUUGAGGUGUAUCGACAGUGAUAUGGAUACAUCUGGACCACUGACUCGCAGCCGUUUUCAUCAGGAUGUGCCUGUCAAUCUCGAGAGUACUAUUGCGAAUUUACUCGUCGCCAUGUAUGAGUACAACUAUCGCGGGGCGAUGAUGAGAGCACGCACUCGCACGGCUUCCGUCAUCACUAUGGCAGUAGAUCUAGGAUUGCAUGAUGUAGGUUCUGGAAGUCCACUAGAUUCAGAGUGCAAGAAGAGGACUUGGGCCAUGAUUCUCUUCUUUGCAAAUAAGCUGUCGAUCAUCCAUCACCUGCCGCCACUGAUGGCGAUCGGGGAUCCUAGAUUCAAGACCUCUCCUCCGCUCCUGGCAGUCAGUCCGGAUAUAUGGACGCCCAUAUUACGUUCGCAAGAUAUACUUCUCACAUCUCAAGCAAAGCUGCCAACCUCCACAGAGUUGGAAGCUCUUGACGCUACCAUUUCGUCAUACUCACAAGACUUGGACCGUCCACUUGCUGGCGGGGAGUCUAUCGAUUCUGAAGGACUGGCAGCUCGCAAGUGGUGGGCAAUUGCACGAAUCGUUGUACACAGCGCGCGGAUCAGGCUGCGUCGUCUUUCGGCAUUCGCAGAUAUACCAGCGUUCGUAAAUAAACACUGUGACAUGACUGCACUACAGGAUGCAAAGCACUUUCCCGUCCCAACGACGAACUGCCACGAGCUUCCUUCUCCCGAGUCACUGGCAGACAGCCCAAAGACCGAUGAUUGGGCAACUACUGAAGUCACUGGCCCAUUCAGUGCAAACGAGUCUGCUGAAAUUUGCCUCAAGUCCGCAUUUGUUGUCCUGCGCAUGUUCAGAUACUUGACAGAAGUUCUCGCUGAAAGACAUCUGCAACUCCCCGGACUACACAACGCGAACCGAGACGAGAGAAAAGGAAUUUUAGCUUCGGUGCCGACUAUCAUGCCUCUUAUGGCAUGUAGCGCAAUGCAAGCAUGCUACGUCAUGGUCAUGACGCUUUACAAGGUCAAAUUCGCGCUGGUAGUUGACCAACCAUCUGGAGAGGAUCAAGCUGCACCAUCGACACUGGACUUUUUGGAGACCGAGCGCUUGGUCGAAGAGCUGCGACAUGGCGUAAAGGACAGCCUACAUAUGCUGGAAAGGUAUCAGACUGGGUUCGCGCACAUCAAAGACAUGUACGAGGAGCUGGAAAUGGUGUAUCAAGUUGCUUUCGUUGACGUCUAAGCGGGACAUGCCUAUACGUAAGGCAAUCAGCCUUGCUGCCGGCGUUCAAAGUCUCGAACGCCGAUCGAGGCCUUCGAAGUGGGGCAAAUUCAACUCAGAUGCCCUCAUUUGGUUAGCGAAGCUCGACUUACCUCAGCAGUCUUUGAUAUCUCGGACUUUGCCAACCAUCUCCAACUUGCUCACCAAUCUGAUUGCCUUGAACCAAAAUUCUCAAGCGAAAUCAUCCCCUUCUACAAUGGAAAAGCCACGCCUUCGCGAGGUCGUCAUGGGACUUCUCGACCCUUGGCACUUUAUGCUUGUAUCGUGUUCUUACAUCCCAUCCACCAUC